AUGUAAAUGGAAUUUAACUAAUUACUGCUGUAGUAGUCUAAUAACUUUAACACAAAAUAAUCUAAAAAAUCUUAUAAAUAAGUAAUAGAAUCUGAUUUUUGUGUUGAUUUGGACUUAAAAAAAUCUAAGAGUGAAUCACCUACUGUAGUACAUCCUCUAUUCCUUCACAGUAAAGCAAUUGAAAGCUAGGUUGCAGGAGAUUAUAUUAAUUUCGUAGAUGACGAUUAAACUAUGUGCUGCAGCUCAAACGAGCGAUGCGAAGAGCAUUCUUUUUAAAUGAAUGAAGCAUAAAUCAAGGCACUAGAAGAACACACUAAAAAAAUUGGUGAUUUCUAUACCUAAAUGAUUAACCAUGUACAAGUCUGCAACAACUCUUUUUGUAAUUUUAUAUAUCUCUGUCCUAAAUUUGAGGAACUCAUAGGUAAACCUAUGGACAUGGAUUUGCCUUAAAUUGGAUAUUUCAACUUAAAUGGCUAUGGUGAAUAAACAACAUUUAGCACUUUGUGUGAGUAUGGAAAAAAUUUAAACAGAAUCAUGAAAGAUGAGUUUAUUGAUUUUAUGCUUUUGUGA